UGCCGUCGUAAACAAUGAUGGCUUCCUCCGAUACGCAGCCGCGCUUCGGUCAAUCUGUCAAAGGUUUAUUGUCUGAUAAAGUCACUUCUUGCAGUGGAGAUGUGAUCGCUUUAACCCGCCAAGUGUUGAAAGGAUCCCGGAGCCAAGAACUACUCAGUCAGGCAGCGAGAAAUAUGGUUAUUCAAGAAGAUGCCAUUCUGCAUUCUGAAGAUAGUCUACGGAAAAUGUCUAUUAUAACGACCCACUUGCAGUACCAGCAAGAGGCCAUUCAGAAGAAUGUUGAACACUCGAAAAACCUGCAGGAUCAACUGAGACACUUGAUGAAAUAAUACUGCUCUUCAAAAAUAUAGAUGUAGCGUCCUAUAGCCUCAUCUCUCUUUUUUACUGUAAAUCACUUGCAGGUGAUUACUCAUUGCAUAGAUUGAAAGACAUUCCAACAUCCUCCUUUUCUUUUUGACAUGCAUUAGCCGUUCAAAAGAAGGCUUUUCUGUGGGAGAUUGUUUUCAGUAUUAAUAUUCAAAAUGAUAGUCAAAAUAGUAUCCACCACUUCUGUUUGUUUGAGUACAUUUGCUUUUAGACUUUUAAAUCAGGUUUACAAAUGAGAAAUUGUUAGUCUAUUUAUGUCUUGUUUUAUAUGGUGUAAUUGUUUUGCCAAACAUACUUGAACAUAUUUGUAUAAAAUGUUACACAGCAUUGUUUCUGCACAUUUUGCUAAGCAGCUUUAAUAAAUGUAUGUGGAAAGUUGGAUGAAACUUGUCUUUUUUUUUAAAGUCCAGCAAGGGGGUGAAUGAUAAAGUUCAUCCCACAUGCAAUAUCAGCAGCUUCUCUGCAAGGGCGAGCAGAUGGAUGUCCUAGAGUGAGGCCUUGAGCAUAACUAUUCACUUCAACAAGGUUUUGACUUUUGUCUGCAAGAAUUUAUUAUUAUUAUUAUUUAUAUGAUG